AAAACACAAAAAACAUGUAGCAGCGCUGUGCCGUCGUCGAAGUAGGCUAAUUUUAGAAAAGCACAUGUUGUUCUUAUGUUGGUUUGGUCCUGGUACCAUCAGUUCUCUUUAGUGUUUGCCAAUGUUGGAGGUGUAACUGGGGUCUGGCCCUGGACGAAGCGAUAGAGCAUGGCUCAAGUGAAAGUGCAGACAUCAGCCCCCUUGUCUGGACCUGGCCUGACCGCCGUUGCGCCCGCUGUGGCCAUGCCCAGCCCAGGAGCUCUGGGUCUGCAGCCCACCAUCAAUGGCACAGUGCCAGCCACAACGCCCACCUGCCCCAGCCCUGCCUCUGGCUUUGUGGACUCCACUGUACCAGCCAGCCCAUCAGGCCCUCCUCAAGAAAACAUGGCAAACCCUAAAGAGAAAACUCCCAUGUGUUUGGUGAAUGAGUUAGCCCGUUUCAACAGGAUUCAACCUCAAUACAAGUUGCUGAAUGAGAAAGGGCCAGCACAUGCUAAGAUCUUCACGGUGCAGCUGUGCUUGGGUAACCAGUUAUGGGAGUCAGAAGGCAGCAGCAUCAAAAAGGCUCAGCACUCUGCAGCUACCAAGGCCCUGACAGAGAGCGUUCUCCCCCGGCCUCCUCCCCGCUCACCUAAAGAUGACAGCAACAGCAACCCAGGCAGCAUCACUCCUACAGUGGAGUUGAAUGGCUUGGCCAUGAAGCGAGGGGAGCCAGCUAUCUACAGACCCCUGGACCCCAAACCCAUUCCCAACUACAGAGCCAAUUACAACUUUAGAGGAAUGUUCAACCAGAGGUACCAUUACCCAGUGCCUAAGGUAUUUUAUGUGCAGCUGACUGUGGGGAACAAGGAGUUUAUCGGAGAGGGGCGGACUCGCCAAGCUGCCCGACACAAUGCGGCCAUGAAAGCCCUUCAGGCCCUGACGAACGAACCCAUUCCAGAGAGACCACCUCAGUGUUCAGAGGAGAAGAAAGAAACGGAGGAGAACAGCGAUGCCAGCAAAUCUGAGAUCAGCCUGGUCUACGAGAUCGCCCUUAAAAGGAACCUGCCUGUUAACUUUGAGGUGCUAAAGGAAAGUGGACCCCCGCACAUGAAGAGUUUCCUCACACGUGUGAUGGUGGGGGAGUUCUCUGCCGAGGGUGAGGGGAAUAGUAAGAAACUCUCUAAAAAGAGAGCAGCCCUCUCCAUCCUGCAGGAACUGAAGAAACUGCCAGUGCUUCCUGUUGUGGAGAAACCCAAAGUGCAUUACAAGAAGCGGCCUAAGACCAUAUUAAAGACAGGACCAGAGUAUGGACAGGGCAUGAACCCUAUUAGCAGACUGGCUCAGAUUCAACAGGCCAAAAAGGAGAAGGAGCCCGAAUAUAUGCUGCUUUCAGAGAGAGGGAUGCCUCGCCGGAGAGAAUUCAUCAUGCAGGUGAAAGUAGGUACCGAGGUGACUACAGGAACUGGACCCAAUAAAAAAGUGGCCAAGCGUAAUGCUGCUGAGGCCAUGCUGCUUCAACUGGGCUACAAGGCGUCUACACCAUUACAGAACACUCCAGAAAAGAUGGACAACAAAGGCUGGAAUGGACAAAGGGCUGCUUUUCCUGAAACAACGACCAACACACAAAAAGGAAUUCUUCACCUCUCCCCGGAUGUGUAUCAAGAAAUGGAAGCGAGCCGGAAUAAGGGAGUCCCCGGUGCCCCUGGAAACUACCUGACACCCAAAGACAUUGGCCAAGGGUCCACAGCACCAUUCUACACCCCGUCGGUGGGCAACACCGCUACCAUCGCAAGAGAGCUGCUGCUGAGCGGAACUUCGCCCACCGCUGAGGCCCUGAUCUUGAAGGGAAAAGCACCUGCUUUGGCCUGUGGCUCCAUCCAGCCUUCCCAGCAGCUGGAGUACUUAGCCCACAUUCAAGGCUUCCAGGUGCAGUACUCAGAUCGGCAAACUGACAAAGAGUUCAUGACCUACCUGACCCUCUCACCUGUGCAGAUGACCUUCCACGGCAUUGGGAGCUCCAUUCCAGCUAGCCACGACCAGGCUGCUCUUAGUGCCUUGAAACAGCUGUCAGAACAAGGACUGGACCCGGUGGAUGGACCAAUCAAGGUAGAGAAUGGAUCAUGUGACAUGUAUGUACAAACAGAGUCACAAGCGAAACGUCUGGCCGAGCGGACGGACAGCAAACCGACUAACUCAGGCACCACUGCUCAGGACUGCAAGGAUUCAAAGGCCGUCGUCUAGGAGCUGAACCCACCCUUCCGCCCCGUCCCCCGAAAGCCCCCACGACCGCCGCUGCAUCCUUCUACACGUGUCAACAUGCAAUAUGGUGGAUGUGUCCCAUGAUAUGAAAUGACAAAAAAUGCAUUCUUUGAGUCUAUGUGAAGACAACACUAUCUUAACACAACAUUUAUUUACACUAGAGUUAACUAAAAAGAGCAAGCAAGUGAACUUAAAAAAAAAUAUAAUGCAUGGUAAUGUUUGAAAAUUAAGGGAAAUUUCCCCAUUUGAUAGAUGUUUGAAUAUUAUUUUCACCUUGCCUCCAAGUGAUAUGGAUUUAAACAGGCUUAUGUCAUGCCAUUAGUAUACAAAAAAAAAAAAAAAAAACAUUAUUGGGGAAAACAAAGUUGUGUAUCUUAUUUGGGGGGUUAUUAUGAUUUUCCUUUUCUCUUUAAUCUAUGAAUAAUAAUGCUUGAGUAUUUAAAGAUUAACCAAUGCCAGUGCUGUGAAGUCGUAGUUGUUGUCUUCAUAUAUAGUCACCCAGCUUACCGUGUAUGCUGACAUAAAGCAUUCAUCUAUCUAUAUGGAUGUAUAUGACUUGUAGAAUAUCAAACGCAGAGGAAAAGAAAAACAUAUACUACGAGUGCAAACCAAUGGAUAAAACUGAUGCUAGAGGUCAACAGCACAGGAUCACCUGCGAUACAGCUGAUCCAUAGUAUCCAGUUGAACAAACAACCCUCUUGCCUUCUGUAACGUUCCUUGAAAUUAGAAUUUCUUCUUGACAGAAACACAAGAGGCCCUGAAUAGCGAUCUACAGGUACGCCUCCUUAGUCCUGUUUGAUGAUUGUUUUCUUCUCCCUUCAGUUUUGUCCAGCACAUCUACACCUAUGUUGUGUGUUGUAUUGACUCGAUACAUCAACUGAGUGCUUUUAAGGACUGCAUUCUGGAGAAAAGAGAGGCUGUGAUCAAUAGAGACAUGCUAUCUUUUCGAAACGGUCAAGUCGUAGAACAAUUAUCUGAAGCUGGUAACUCACUGGAAGAGCGUUCUUCUCUCCCUGAAGAUAUACAGUGUAAUAACAGACAUGUCAGUUACUUAAAAUGCAGUAAAAUCACAUCAGUUCAUGUUGAAACUA